AUGCCAAGUCCAACACAAGUUGUAACACUUCUCAAAUCACAGAACAUAAACCGUGUCCGACUCUACGACGCAGACCGCUCAAUGCUACUAGCAUUUGCUCAUACCGGCGUUCAAGUUAUAAUCUCAGUACCAAAUGAUCAGCUUCUCGGUAUCAGCCAAUCAAACGCAACCGCAGCUAAUUGGGUCACUAGAAACGUAGCUGCUUAUUACCCUGCGACCAACAUUACAACAAUAGCGGUCGGAACUGAAGUCCUAACCACAUUACCAAACGCAGCUUCAGUCCUUGUCUCGGCUCUCAAAUACAUUCAAUCAGCUCUUGUCACGGCUAAUCUCGACCGUCAGAUCAAAGUAUCGACGCCGCAUUCUUCAACCAUAAUUCUUGAUUCGUUCCCUCCUUCACAAGCUUUCUUUAACAAGACUUGGGAUCCAGUCAUUGUACCUCUCCUCAAGUUCCUGCAGUCCACUGGAUCGCCGUUUAUGCUCAACGUUUACCCGUAUUUCGACUACGUUCAGUCCAAUGGAGUUAUACCGCUCGAUUACGCGCUUUUUCAGCCACUCCAAGCCAACAAAGAGGCUGUGGAUGCCAACACAUUGUUACAUUACACAAAUGUCUUUGAUGCGAUUGUAGACGCGGCCUAUUUCGCAAUGUCUUAUCUCAAUUUCACCAACAUUCCAAUCGUGGUCACGGAAUCCGGAUGGCCAUCUAAGGGAGGCGCUUCAGAACACGACGCAACGCUAGAGAACGCAAACACUUACAAUAGUAAUUUGAUCCAGCACGUGAUUAACAAGACUGGAACACCGAAACACCCGGGAACUGCGGUUACUACAUACAUCUACGAGCUUUACAACGAGGAUACGAGGCCGGGACCUGUGUCUGAGAAGAACUGGGGGCUGUUUUAUACAAAUGGGACUCCGGUUUACACUUUGCGUUUGGCGGGUGCAGGUGCAAUUCUUGCUAAUGAUACUACGAACCAGACAUUUUGUAUAGCAAAGGAAAAGGCUGAUAAAAAGAUGCUUCAGGCAGCACUGGAUUGGGCUUGCGGUCCAGGGAAAGUCGACUGCUCAGCGCUGAUGCAGGGAGAGGCGUGUUAUGAGCCCGAUGAUGUGGUUGCGCAUUCUAGUUAUGCGUUUAAUGCUUAUUACCAGAAGAUGAGGAAAGCUUUAGGAAGCUGUGAUUUUAAAGGAGUUGCAACAGUCACCACCACUGAUCCAAGUCGAGGAACGUGCGUGUUCCCUGGAAGUGCGAAAAGCAAUCAGACACUUGGAAACAACACCAACGCAUUGGCCCCUUCGGCAAACUCCACAACAUCUGGAUGCAUCCCACAGUAUUAUCACCUUCACGCUUCUUCUUUCGCUGACUUAACAUUGCUUUCCCUUCUACUAAUCGUUGCCUUAGUAUUCUUGUAG